AUGGGAAACUCAUCAAAUUAAUUGCCUGCUGUCAAUUUCCUCCUGGUUUUCUGUGCUGCUGCCUACAUCUUACCCGGCUUUUGCUCUCAGCUCAUUCUGUUUUUUCCUUCCUUUCCAUCUUGCUUGGUGGGAAACAUGGGAUGUCCCUGUGUCUCCUCCUGGCUCAAGCUCCAAGCCCUGCUUGUCGUGUGCUUGCACAGGAGUUGUGAUGACAGUGACCUACACCAACCGCGUGGCUGAUGCCCGCCUGGGCACCUUCUCCCAGCUCCUGCUCCAAUGGAAGGGCAGCAUCUACAAACUGCUCUACUCCGAGUUCCUGAUCUUCAUCUCGCUCUACUUCACCAUCAGCCUUGUCUACAGGCUGAUCCUGAGCGAGAGCCAAAGGCUGAUGUUCGAGAAGCUGGCGCUGUACUGCAACAGCUACGCCGAGCUAAUCCCCGUGUCCUUUGUGCUGGGUUUCUAUGUGGCCCUGGUGGUGUCCCGCUGGUGGGCCCAGUAUGAGAGCAUCCCAUGGCCAGACCGGAUCAUGAACCUGGUGUCCUGCAACGUGGAUGGGGAGGAUGAGUACGGGAGGCUCCUGCGCCGCACCCUGAUGCGCUACAGCAACCUGGUCAGCGUGCUGAUCCUGCGCUCCGUCAGCACCGCCGUCUACAAGCGCUUCCCCAGCAUGGAGCACGUCGUGAGGGCAGGUCUCAUGACACCGGAAGAGCACAAGAAGUUUGAGAGUUUGAAUUCCCCUCACAACAAGUUUUGGAUCCCGUGCGUGUGGUUCUCCAACCUGGCUGUGAAGGCGAGGAAUGAUGGGAGGAUCCGGGACAGCGUGCUGCUCCAAGGCAUCCUGAAUGAGCUCAACACCUUGCGCAGCCAGUGUGGGAAACUGUAUGGAUACGACUGGAUCAGUAUCCCCCUGGUCUACACCCAGGUGGUGACCGUGGCUGUUUACAGCUUCUUCCUGGCCUGUCUGAUUGGGAGGCAAUUCCUGGAUCCAGAGAAAGCAUAUCCUGGCCAUGAGCUGGAUCUCUUUGUGCCUGUCUUUACAUUUUUGCAAUUCUUCUUCUAUGCUGGUUGGUUAAAGGUGGCUGAGCAGCUCAUCAACCCUUUUGGGGAGGACGACGAUGACUUUGAAGCCAACUGGCUCAUUGACAGGAACCUGCAGGUCUCCCUCAUGGCAGUGGAUGAGAUGCACCAGGAUUUACCCAUUCUGGAGAAGGACCUGUACUGGAACGAGCCCGAUCCCCAGCCACCCUACACCGCAGCCACCGCUGAGUACAAGCGCCCGUCCUUCCUGGGCUCCACUUUUGACAUCAGCAUGCAGAAGGAAGAAAUGGAGUUCCAGCCCCUGGAGCAGAUUAAAGAGAAUGAGGAGGCCAACCAUUCCACUCCCUUGCUGGGACACCUGGGCCGCCUCCUGGGUGUCCAGUCCCCGAACUUCUCCAGGUCCUCUUCCCGGAUGAACCUGCUGCGCCGGCGAGGAGAUCCCGCGUCACCCUUCUCCCAUUAUACCUACCAGGACAUGGGGAAGGCUGGAAGCCCUUGUGGCAUCAAUCAGCCAAGGGGAGACUCCCAGGAGCAGUGGGACAGCGAAGAGGGAAAACUAAGGGAGUUUGAUGCUUUCAUGUCCACCCCCUUUUACGAGAGGCCUGGGUUCUACAGCGCUCCACAGACGCCCAUCAGCUCCAUCCCCAUGAUUUUCCCUUCCCGGCGCCAAGGGCGCAAGAAGCCACCGGCGCUCUCCAGCAUCGCCGCGUGCUCCACUUCCCUUCGGGAUGUCAUUGUCAACGCCUCCCCUUCCAGGGCCAGCGAUGUGGACAAGAGUCAGAGCUCCCUGGGCUCUGCUGCAAAGGAAACCUUUGUUUGGCCAACAGAACGGAGUAAAGGUCCUGACUCCAUGGCCGUGACAGUAGAAGAAGGAAAGAGCGGCUCCAGGGAAGCUGCCACCACAGGAAGUCCAGGAGCGCAGUCCACAGCAUCCAGCAGCCCCAAAUUCCCCUUCCUGCCAGAGCCCCCUGAGCAUGAGAAGCACGGCAGCUUCAAAAGCCUAAAGAGUUCGAAAGCCUCACGCCCACCCUGGCUAAACCUGGAGAGCUCGGCCUCAGCCACUCCCAAUUCGGAGCAUUCCAGUGCCUUUCAUACCCCCAGCAACAAAACCCCCGGAGGCAGUGCCUCCCUCUGCUUCUCCUUCACUCCCGUCACCUCUCCAGUGCUGGAAAGGUCCCACAAGGGCAACCUGGGCCCUGAGGCUCGCAGCCUGAGUUUGGAAGAUGCAGCCAGCGCUCCAGAGCAGCACCCAGAGGUUUCCAGGAACAUGAGAGACACUGGGAAUGGAAACACCAACCCCCCAACUCCUAAAGAGGCCAGGAGAGCAGAGAGUCCAUCCCCCAACGACUCUGGAAUCUCCCUAGCCGAGGGUGACUACGUGGGCCUGAUGGAGGUGAUCCUGGAGGCCAGUGAAAGCCCAGGGGAGGAGCAGAUGGACCAGUACAGCUAA